GCUCUCAGGCUUCUCUCUGCACCUACCAUCGUAGGCGCAAGCGCGGCCUGGCUCGUGAAGGGAUAACCUGACUCGUCUGGCAGCUCUAGACUAUCAUUCCGAUAUCAUUUCUGUUCCGAAAAAACGCUAUUUUCUAUUUUCCUGUUUAUUAUAUCAAGAAUAAUACAAUAGUCAUAUAAUUAUGCGAAAAAAUAUUAAAUAUACCGAUAUAGAAUGAACAGAAUCACUGCACUCACUUGUGGUGAACAGUGACAUUACAAUUGAUUUUACAGUGCAUUUGAGUAUAUGCAGUGAUAUGUAUGUAGAGAUUCGCGCAGUAUUAUUUAAUGAGAAACUUAAAUCGGAUAAUGCAACAAUGCAGUAACAAAGAAACAGUUGUGGAAUAUGUCAUGUUAGAAGAAUAAAAGAUAGUGGGUUAAAUGCCCUUGUUACGCAAAUUAUUGUUGAGGCUGACAAUUGUCGCGUUGCUUCUGGUGGUCUUUUACUUUUAUCUGAUGUCCAAUGGUGAUCGCUACUUUGUGUUUAACUUACGAACACAAAAUGCAAAUCUGGCAAACCUUACAACCACCUUAACAUCAGCUAGCUACUCUAUUAAGGCCAAUUACUCAUCUUCGUCGAUUGUUCAGUCGUGCAAUCAAACAGGUUAUUACAAUGUUUGGUGCAUCUUUACUAAAGUCGCAUUAAAUUCACCCAUGAGACACAAGUUCCAAAUAUUUUUGGACUCCUUGCUUAGAUUGACCUCUGUAGACAUUGCCUUUCAUGUGAUAAGUGAUAAUGAUAGUCAAAGAAUAGCCCAAACUAUUAUUCAAGAUGUCAUGACCAAUACUGAAAAGUUUAUGGAGGUAUUUUAUUAUGAUGUACACAAAUUGGCUGUACAAUUAGAAGAUAUCGUGUCGAUCAUGUCUCCACACUUCAGCAGCAAACCAGGAACGUAUUACUCAGACGCAUUAUUUUUUCUCUCAUUGGGUUUACACAGAAUUGCACCCAACUGUCAAAGACUUGCAAUUAUGUUCGACGCGGACACAAAAUUUCGCAAAGAUGUGAAGAAUUUAUUCGAGGAAUUCAACAAUUUUGGGAAAGGGGCUUUAUUUGGCUUAGCUCCAGAACUCACUCCAGUAUAUCGACAUGUUUUGUACUUAUAUCGUAGUAAGCAUCCAACGACGAUGUUUGGCGAGCCUCGACACAAAGGCGGUUACCCUGGUUAUAAUAGCGGGGUGGUGCUUUUUAAUUUAGAGAGAUUACGAAAGUCACAUAUGUACAAUGAGGCUGUUAGUAAAAAUAGCGUGGAUAUAAUGACGAGGAAAUAUCACUUUAAGGGCCAUUUAGGGGAUCAAGAUUUCUACACACUUUUAGGCAUGGAAAAACCGGAGCUUAUUCACACGAUUGAUUGUGGAUGGAAUAGGCAACUUUGUACCUGGUGGCGUGAUCGUGGUUAUUCAGAUAUAUUUGCUAAUUACUCAGAAUGCCAUUCGGAGACCAAAUUAUGGCAUGGAAAUUGCAAUACUCCCAUUUCUGACGAUUAACUAUCCGUUAUUUUUAUGCCCAUUAAAUAUUGAACAUAAGAGAUGCUUCCAUUUAGGUUUAAGGAAAAUAGUGGCAAAGCAUAAAACAGAAAUCCAUAAAUUAAAAUUGUUAAGGGAUUCUAAGCAAUAUAAUAUAAGAUAAUUUCUUCUUAUUAAAAAUAUUUUAC